AUGAAGUGGUCAAUGGAGAGAGAGCACGAAGCUAACCUCCCCGCAGACGACAUCCGAGACGUCAUCCAGCACCUCUUUGAGAUCCAGUCUGCCGUCCACGGCUAUCUAGGCCCGGAGACACAGCAAGAGCUGGUGCGCAAAAUGUACGUGAGGAUGAUUCCAGCUGCCGAGGAUAUCUCGAUGGCAUCCCCGUUUCAACAGGAAAUAGAAAUUGGGGCGAUUCAAGCUCUACGCUACGAGAAUCGCACAAAAACCUCACCCUCGCUCUCUCAACCUUAUCAACACAUACCACCCCUACCCCCUAACGCCGCGGAAACAAUCACCUCCAACAACACCUCCGACCCGUCAAACCCUCCACUCGCCAGCAUCCAACUCCCACCCGAGAUCAUCGAGUACGUCGACGCCGCGCGCAACCCGGACAUCUACACGCGUGAGUUCGUGGAGCUGGUUCAGCGCGGAAAUCAAGAUCUCAAGGGGAAACGCGAGGCUUUCGCCGAUUUCCGCGAUGUCCUGGCGCGGGAGAUGCGCAGUGCUAUGCCGGAGUGUCGGGGGGAGGUGGAUCGGGUGGUUUCUAUGACGGGGGGAAAAGUUGGAGGUGAAGAUGGAGUGGAUGGGGCGUCGAAGUGA